CCUUUGAACAGUUUGGUGGGUGUGGGGGAUUGGCACCUUGUUAGCCAAUUAGCUAGCUAGUUGUAAUAUAACUAGUUGCAUAGAUGUGAGCUGUCAUUGUCACCAUGUCAUCUGGAAAUGCUAAGAUAGGCCACCCGGCCCCACAGUUCAAAGCCACUGCUGUGGUGGAUGGACAGUUCAAAGAGAUCCAGCUGUCUGACUACAUGGGGAAGUACGUGGUGUUCUUUUUCUACCCACUGGACUUUACUUUCGUGUGCCCCACUGAGAUCGUGGCCUUCAGCGACCAGGCCGAGGAGUUCCGCAAGAUCGGCUGUGAGGUCAUAGGCGCCUCCACAGACUCUCACUUCAGCCACCUGGCCUGGAUCAACACCCCCAGGAAGCAGGGUGGUUUGGGACCAAUGAACAUCCCCCUUGUGGCUGACCUCACCCAGUCUAUCUCCAGAGACUACGGAGUGCUGAAGGAGGACCAGGGCAUCGCUUACAGGGGUCUGUUUGUGAUUGACGACAAGGGCAUCCUGAGGCAGAUCUCAUCAACGACCUGCCAGUGGGCGCUCUGUGGACGAGACCCUCGUCUGGUGCAGGCCUUCCAGCACACAGACAAAUACGGAGAGAGGUAUGUCCCGCUGGCUGGAAGCCAGGCAGUGACACCAUCGUCCCCGACAUCCAGAAGAGCAAAGGAGUUCUUCUCCAAACAGUGA